UUCAUCAAAAAUAUCCUAAUUUGUGUUCCGAAGAUAAACAAAGAUCUUGGAACGACAUGUGGGUGAGUACUUAAUGAACUAACCCUUUAACCACAAAGCUACACUAAAAUGUGCUGCAAACAAUGUCAGCAUUACCCCUUAAAUCACCAAAUCCCCGCCCAGCUCCACAGACAUGUCAACAAACAUUGACAGGCAAAAAGAAAUUAUGGUUUCUAAUUGGUUUACCAACGUUUUUUUAAAAUUAUUAUUAUUUAUAUUAUUUAUAUUAUUCAUACUCAUAGUCACAUUAUUAUUAUUAGUUUACAACUUAAUCAAACUCCACUGUCUGCUCUCCCUGGCUGUUGCUGAAUGAAGUCUCUUCGUAUUUGCUGUUGAAUUUGCAUAAAACUAAUAGGCUAUAUUUAGUAGACACGCCCACACUGAUGCAAAGGCUCGCAGUCGCUCAUGGGAAGUCGCCAGCUUAUCUUUUUAUUGACAAUGAUUGUCGCUGUAAAUGGUGCAUUUGGGCAGUCACAGAGACAGGUGUGUUUUCUCGCCUAUAGCCUACUGUAUUAGUGAUAGGCCUAAGCUAUAUAUCUGUCAGUCUGACAGUGACAGUGUCAGAUAAGUAAACGACUUAUCUGACAGAUAUAUAGCUUACACCAAUACAGUUAUUAUUUCUUCUCCCCUAUAAAAUCUAAUGUACAUAUAUUAAAUAUAAAAUUCUAUCUUUUAGUUAUGCCACAAGGCACAAAAUUACAACACGUGACAUGAAAGAAAAUAGUAGCUGACAGUGAAAACUGAAGUGAGAGAGAUACAGACCACAGAGACUAGAGUAGAGAGCAAAUAUUUAAAAACAUUUGCUUCCUCCGAAAUAGAAGCAAGAAAAAACAUCUUAUGUAGGUGGAGCCGAGACCUUCCGCUUCCCUUUGAUGAGAAAGUUACGCGUUUAACCUACUAGAGUGCGCAAUUCUCACACACUUCCCCGCAUGAAGACCCGAACUGUCACUUCCAUCAAUUCAAGGACCGUAUAGUCUCUCCACGCGAAAUUAUACAGCCAAACCAAAGCGAUUGUCGUCUCUCGUUCCGUUUAUUUAAGUUUUCCUUUGCUGUAUCCGUACUACUUAUAUUGUUUUUUCUUUUUUUCUUUUGGAAAGCUGAAAGGCACCUCAGAUCUGCGCUCGCUUCAGCAUGCGUUUGGCGCACGGAGCGCACUCUUGGCGAGCUCUUCAUCAUCAGGCGCAGGGAUGAUGUUCAACUCAUCGGGUUCGCUAGAUUUCUUCUCGUUCACUCACCCUGAGGUCGCGUCGGAAGUUCUCAAUGGUUCCUCACACUUAUUCUACAACAUCUCAAUGGCCAUGUGGAACAAAUCCUGCGGGGAACCAUUGCUCGAUUUCACCUCAGCGGAGAAGAUUGUUAUCGGAAUGAUGCUGGCCAUCAUUACCACCGUGACGGUGAUUGGAAAUAUGCUGGUGGUGAUCGCGGUGUGCGUUGUUAAAAAGCUCAGACAGCCGUCCAACUAUCUGCUGGUGUCUCUGGCCGUGGCGGAUCUCUCCGUGGCUAUUGUGGUGAUGCCAUUCGUGAUCGUGACGGACCUCACGGGAGGAAAGUGGCUUUUUGGAGAGGUCUUCUGUAACAUUUUCAUCGCCAUGGAUGUGAUGUGCUGCACUGCAUCCAUCAUGACGCUGUGCGUGAUCAGUGUGGACAGGUAUCUUGGCAUCACCCGCCCUUUGACCUACCCUGCUCGUCAAAAUGGCCAACUGAUGGCGAAGAUGAUUUUUGGUGUGUGGCUUGUGUCUGCCUCCAUCACACUGCCACCAUUUUGCGGCUGGGCGAAGAACGUUAACACGGCUGGCGUUUGUCUAAUCAGCCAGGACUUCAGCUACACCAUCUACUCCACCGCCGUGGCCUUCUACAUCCCCAUGAUCGUCAUGCUCUUCAUGUACUACAAGAUCUUCAAGGCUGCCAGAAAAAGCGGCGCCAAACAUCGUUUUACCGACUUCCCCCGUCGGGAACGCCUGGAGACCGUUGCCAGCGAAGCCCUGAGGAUGCAAGGCCUAAAACCUCAACACACACCUGGCGUAGCUGAGGAGUGCGCCGCUCUUUCUCGUUUUCUCAGCCGCGAACGACAGAAUAUCUCCAUUUUUAAGCGAGAGCAAAAGGCAGCUACGACAUUGGGCGUGAUAGUUGGAGUUUUUGGCAUUUGUUGGCUGCCAUUUUUUAUUCUAUCUACAGCGAGACCCUUUAUAUGUGGGGUUAAGUGUAGUUGCAUACCAAUAUGGCUGGAGAGGACGCUGCUAUGGUUUGGAUAUGCUAACUCGCUAAUGAACCCCUUUAUUUACGCUUUUUUUAACCGGGACCUGCGCUCCACUUACAGGGAUUUGCUUCGUUGCAGGUACCGGAACAUUAACCGGCGACUGUCGGCUGUAGGCGUGCAUGAGGCACUGAAGGUUUGAAGUGUAGUGAUAAAGGAUGUGGUCUGACCCAGUUUUGGUUUACGCAGAAAGCCGAACAAUGUGCAUUGCUACAUCCACUUAUUGGUUUUUAUAGAUAAAGUAUGAACAAAAAAAAACAAAAAAAAAACAGAAUCACAGGCUCAUAAUUCUUCAGAACACUCAUAUUUCAGUUCCAUUAAGGCAUUGAUUUGCUCAGUAGUUGUUUUUUCCCCUAUUUCCUGAUUUCAGGAUUAGACCUGCUACAAUACUUGGCAAGCGAUUCAACACUGAUUCUUCAGACAAAACAGAACUGAGAAAAUAUGUCUUAAGAAAGACUGAUUUUGUUGAAUUUAUUUAAAAAAUAUAAAUCAUUUACACCUAUAUGAAUAUAAAGUACUUUUAUAUAUUUUAUUUUAUAUACUCAUAAUUAUGUUUUUCUUCAAUUAUGUGCAUAUAUACGCUACUGUUCAAAAGGUUAGGGUUAGUAAGAUGUUAAAAGAAAUUAAUACUUUUAUUCAGCAAGGACACAUUAAAUUGAUAAAAAGCGAAUUAACGAAUAACGCUGCACAUCAAAGAAACCUAAAAAAAAAAAUGUAUUGCGAUUUCCACAAACAUAUUAGGCAACACAACUGUUUUCAACAUUGAUAAUAAUAAGAAACAUUUCUUGAGCACCAAAUCAGCAUAUUAGAAUGAUUUCUG